UCAGGAGGAGGAGGAGGAGGAGGAUCACCCAUGCUAAACUCAGGGGGGAUGGAGGAAUUCAUAACCGAAGAGGAAGAGCCGUGGUACGACCAGCAGGACCUGGAGCAGGACCUCCACUUGGCGGCAGAGCUGGGAAAGACCCUGCUGGAGAGGAACAAAGAGCUGGAGGAUUCCUUGCAGCAGAUGUACAUCACUAAUGAAGAGCAAGUGCAAGAGAUCGAGUACCUGUCCAAGCAGCUGGAGGUUCUUCGGGACAUGAACGAGCAGCAUGCCAAAGUGUACGAGCAGCUGGACGGGACCGCCAGAGAGCUGGAGCGCACCAACCACACACUGGUGAUGGACAGCCGGGGCUCACAACAGAAGAUAGAGACGUUAACAGGGACCAUCGAGGCUCUGCAGAACCAGGUGGAGUCUCUCUCGGGGCAGGUGGAGCAGCUUCGCUCCAUGGAGCAGCUCCGAGUCAGGAGGGAGAAGAGGGAACGACGCAAGACCAUCCACUCCUUCCCUUGCCUGAGGGAGCUUUGCACGGCACCCAGGUAUGAGGACGAGUUUGUAGUGGGAAGAGCCGAGAGCUUUACAGUGGAUGUGAAGCGUCCACCAUUUGAAGAAGAGAACCAGCAUCUGAGGGAGGCUGUGUCGGCUCUACGAGCGGCCGCCCGGACGGAAAGGGGUCGCAGGGAGGGGGUGGAGAGGGAGUGCAACCUCCUCCUCGGGGAGUUCUCCCGCCUGCAGACACGAGUGCAGGAUGCUGAGAGCUGCCAGGCGAGGGUGCGGGAGCUGGAGGUGGAGCUGCAGGAGCUGCAGCAGCUGCGUCGUGCUCGGACUUUCCUGCUGAGCAGCGAGGAUGACGGCGUUGCUCUCACCCAGACGGUCCUCAACAGCACCCCAGAGACCGACACUUUCCUGGAAGUCGAAGUCGGGGAGGCAGGAGGGGGCGUGAGGGAGGAGGCCGAGGGCGGGGGAAGCGUCGGAGGGGAGGCUCUCCCAGAGUCCAACCCAGUGAGGAAAAGCUGCAGCGACACUGCGCUCAACGCCAUUGUGGCCCGCGACGCCACCGGCCGCCGGAGGGGCAGCUACGCCCUCCACGCCAACAGUGUGAGGAAGAGGGGGAUGUCUAUCCUCAGGGAGGUAGAUGAGCAGUACCACGCCUUGUUGGAGAAAUACGAGGAGUUGCUGGGGAAGUGUCGCCGCCAUGAGGAGAGCCUGUGUCACGCCGGCGUCCAGACAUCCAGACCCGUCUCCCGAGACCCGUCCAUGAAAGACUGUGCUAUGGGCCCCACCCCAGCGCCUCCGCCUACCCCGACCCAGUCACCCUCCACCCCCGAGGCCAUCGAGAGCAUCAGCAAGCAGGUGGAUGCGGUGGACAAGAGGCUGGGACAGAACACUCCAGAGUACAAAGCGCUUUUUAAAGAGAUCUUUUCUCGUAUCCAGAAGACCAAGAUGGACAUCAAAGCUACCAAAGCUGCUAAGGCUAGCAAAUCUGGCAAAUCUGGCAAGUCUAGUAAACAAUAAAUGGUUCACUGGUUGGCUCUGGAGAAGACGGUAAUGGGCUAUUUCAGUGUUAAGUGCUGGAGUUUGUGGACAGGGAGCUUGGUGUGUGAUAGAGGGUGCUAGCUCAAAACCCGCUACAUUCAAGUACAGUUUAGUUCAAUGAGGUCAAAUUUGAGCGCGCAUUUUCAUCCAACCUUCCACAAGAAUCUGACUUGCAUGUGAUCAAUUCGAAAAAUUUGCAGAAUUCAUUCAUAAUUAUAUGAAACUUGAAUGAAUUUAGUUAAGAACUAGAUUGAGGUCACUUCCUCAUAUUCUCUUACUCAGUGUUCCUACUAAUUAUACUGGCUUCACUGCCUGACUACUUUAGGCAUCUACCACAAUAACACAAUAACACAAUAACAGCAGUUUUCCUCUCAUGAGCCUCACGAGACACUAAAUGUCAAAGCUUCACAAAAUAACACUAGAAAAUUGCAUCUCUGUUGAAAACAAGAGCGGAAAUCUAAAUAUUAUAUUAACAUGAAUCUGUAUCUUUUUAAGUUUAUAAUAAUGGACUCUACUAACAUUUGUAUAAUUGCAGUUAAAAAGACAAAGAUGGAUUCUCUCAGGCCACCGUGCUGUCUGUCUCAAUAAUCUCUUAUAUCGUUUAUCACUAUACAAGUGGACAGGGCUCUAAAUUUAAACAACCCUUUAGUGUGGAUGACAUUGCUGUCUUGCACCGUUCUCUACUGUGCCUCACUCGUUUAGCCAGAGAUCUUGUGGGAGUAGCUUUUCUUCCAGUCAGUUUGUUCACAACAUUGAUACCACUCUCCUGUCCGUACGGUAAAUUAAAAUCUACAGCCAGCAGCUGGUUAUCCUAGCUUAGCAUUAAGACUGGAAAUGGGGAGAAUGCUAGCCGGGCUCUGUUGAAAAUGACAAGUUGUGGUUUUGUUUGCAGACUAUUUGUUGGUCAGGAGCAGAAACAAAUAAGCGGAUUUUAAUCUUUUUUUUUUUUUUUUAACACAUUAACUUAACAAGAUUUGAUGUGUUAACAAGAAAGCUUUAGAAGUAGAUUUUGUUAGCUUUGAACAUAGCCAGGCUAGCUGUUUACCCCCGUUUUCUGUCUUUAGCUAAGCAAGCUAGCUAACUGCUCUCAUCUCACUGUAAGACAGCAUGUAAGCGUAUUUACCAAAAUGUUCAACUGAGUUGAACUAGUUUCAAGGCCUGUCAUGAUUAUACUUUCUUGGCCGAUAUAUAGGCCAAUAUAUUGUCCAAAGAAAUAAUUACAAUAAACUUUAUUAUUUUCAUUUUAAGACCAUUUUAUUCCAAUGAUUUACUGAUAAUAUAAUAGCAUAAUAAUGCAAGUAUACCCUUUCAAAUAGCAAUGACUUAGUGAAUGAAUUAUUAUUCAGAAUAUUCAGUCAUUGGAAUUAAAUAUUCUAAAUAAGUCAAAUAAAAAUAAAAUAAAAACCAAACUACCAAAACAGUUAAGUAUAAUGGACUCUUGCUCUUUACAACAAUGUCUGUGCAUUCCCGAGUCUUACAAUGGUAGAGAAUACCCUGCUGUUUAUUCUGGCAUGCAAGGUCAUGUCUGUAUAUCGUACAAUGAGUCAAUGAUGUAACUAUCCUGACAGGCCUACUAGUGUUGACUGCUAUUAACACUCGUGCUUGCAUUCAAAGUGCUCACAUUUAUAAAAAUGAAAACCUCCUCGCUCUAUGUGUUAAAGUCACUUAAGCUCUGGCUUUGAGGACUGAAGAUUUUCUUCGACUGGACUACAUCAGCCCAUCGGGGCAACAAUAUCAUAGCUCAAUUAGAUACAAGAAGCAAUGUUUAUUCAUAGUAGUAAGUGAUAUCUACAGAAUAGGCUAUAGUUUAGAACCAAUUGUACUGGUUGUUUAUUUGAAUGUGUAAGAUUAAUGAUCCCACUAAAUGCUAAAAUGCUGCUGUCUCGCAAAAGACAAUCUCUGCAGAUUGUUAUUUUCACUAUUUCCUGGGCAUUAUGGACACUCUUCAUACAGAAUAUAAAAAUCCUGAAGUCGAGAUGUUUACUAAUGGUUUUGCAUCAUACGCAGUAUAAGCAUUUUAGUUAUUUGGGGAAAACCGUUCUGUUUCUGCAUCUCACAGACCGGGUAAUGAAAGAUAGCAAGGAACAGGAAUAACUCUGGAUUGUCAUUGGGAUUGAAAAACCUGUGGACCCUUUUUUAAAGAAAAUGGUCCAGUGGUGGACAGUAGUUUUUUUUUUUGUCGUUGUUAUAUUUCUUUAAGUGUUAAGAAUAUUUUCCCUUUAAUUAUCGCUAGACAGACACAUUGUAUCGCAGAACUGCAACAAGUAUAAGGCUUCAAACCAGGGCUUUGACAGACACCAAACUAUUAAACUAACACGCAAACGUAUUGCACCUUUUCUCACAAUAUACAAUACAUAUGCCUUUUUUGGGGGGUAACCUCCCAUGUGUAAACCUUUUUGUUUGAUUGUAUAUUAUUACAGCUUGCUCAUUUUCUAUCCUAUUUUUCAGCAAAGUUGAAGAUGUAACAAAAUCUCCUCCACCCCCUGAUGAAACUAAGGUUUAUUGCAGAAAUUGAAUUCUAUUGGAGAAACUAUGGCUUAUGAAAUGCAUUUGAGGUAAUGUCUUUAAGAAUGAUUCAAGCGUACAAAGGAAGGAAUGUGUGUUAGCAUAGAAAAAACAAGGCCAAACCAGAGCCUGUUAUAGGCUCAUGAGGUGUCUUUGCUGAAAUGUCUUACCUAUUGCACUUGAAAGUGUUUGACGCCUCAUCUUUUGUAUAUUUAGUAUAGCUAAUAUGAAAUUGUACCUGUGUAUUUAUUUGCAUUUGAAUGUUUCGUAAUAUAUUAUUUUUUUUACUUUUUCAGUGCCUAUGCGUGAAUGUCACUAACAAAUUGUCAGAUUAGAUUUAUUUAAUUGGCUUUACUUCUAUUAUCAAGUUUAAGUGUGUGCAUUAUUAUUUAAGAUAUUGGCAUUAAAGUUUAGUCCCCCUGGUAUUAGUUCUGAUCAUUACUGAACUAAGAGCUUCUUUAUCCUGUUAAUAAAAAAUAAAGGGCAUCCUGUGUUGUUGUAUGUACUGCAUGUA